GUCGCACACCAGACUAAAACGAGCAAUCAUCAUUCAAAAAAGAAGAUCAUCUUUCGUAUUAGAAAGAAAAAGGAAAAACUCUUCCUAUCGCACUAAAUCAGCCUCGUCAAACUUGAAAGAUCUUAUACAAGUUGAAAACCCUGUUCGUUCUCUCCUUCUACUUCCAUACCCAACUAAUCAAACACCAAACCCAUCUAUGUCUCUCUCCCUCGCCUUCACUCCAUUCAUUACACUCCCUCAUAAAACCUAUCUUAAUAGCGUCCGUAUCCUCACUGGGCCUACACGAAGAUACCCAUCAACAACUGUAGUAAUUAGAUCAGCUAAAGAGGAUUCUGAUCAUCUACCUGCAACUCCAGCAAAACCCAGACGGAAAAAUGAGCUGUCCAUCACUACCUCUACAGCCGCCGUCUACUUGACCAUAGCAGCAGGUGCUUUCGGGUUUUCUUGGUUAGCGAAGAAAGCGCCAGCUUCCAAUGGUUUGUCUAUUGGGUUUAUUAAUCCCAAUUUGGAGCCCAAAGAGAUGCCUAUUUUGUUCAUACAGAGGCCUCUAUUUUUUCUAUGGGAAACGUUUAAAGAAGCAAUCACAGUCUAUACAGGCCUCUCUCCAGCCACUUUCUUUACAGUUUUGGCUUUGGGCUUAGCCGUUUACUAUGUGAUUUCUGGUAUGUUUGGAUCAUCUGAUACUCAUCAUCAAAGACCCAGAAGUUUUGAAGAACAGAUGCAGCCACUUCCACCUCCUGUUCAGCUUGGUGAGGUUACUGAAGAAGAGCUCAAACAAUAUGAUGGCUCGGAUCCUAAAAAGCCUUUGCUUAUGGCUAUUAAGGGGCAGAUCUACGAUGUCUCUCAAAGCAGGAUGUUUUAUGGACCUGGUGGACCUUAUGCAUUAUUUGCUGGAAAGGAUGCCAGCAGGGCUCUUGCUAAGAUGUCCUUCGAGGACAAAGAUUUGACUGGUGAUAUCUCUGGUCUUGGUCCUUUCGAAUUGGAGGCCUUGCAGGAUUGGGAGUACAAGUUCAUGAGCAAGUAUGUUAAGGUCGGAACUAUCAAGAAGCCUGUUCCAGUAACUGAUGAAGCUACUUCUGCCAGUGAACCUGCUGAAAAUAAAGAAGUCGAUGAUACUAAGCCUGCUGAAGAUGGUCCAACAGCUGAUGUUGCUAAGCCAACUGAAGGUCCAUCAGCUGAUGUUGCUAAGUCAACUGAAGGUCCAUCAGCUGAUGUUGCUAAGCCAACUGAACGUUCAUCAGCUGAUGUUGCUGAAGCCAAGGAGUAAUAGCAAGGUGUACGGGUAUGAUUGCAAAUCUUUGAAACGAGUACUUAUUAUGGAGAUGCCAGGAAUGAGAGAUGUUUGUUCGGAUGCAAGUAUUUGUUGGGGCACCUUGUUUUACAUUUACUGUACUUUCUCAAUGUAGUAUGGUUCUGUUACAAACUUGGUUUCAGGUUUAGACCUUUGAAGAAUAAAUUGGUAUGUCGAACUAUGGAGAUUCAGAGUAUUUGCCCAUGAAUCCCUACAGGAUUAUAAGUAGGAAGUUCGCAUCCUGAUGACCAGUGAGCAUUGUUUGGAUUGGAGUCUCUCAAACUCGAAACUGUAUUUGUUAACCUUAAAACAUGUUUGUUUUAAGGGUUUUUAAUGAGGGAUAUUGCAGAACUUAAUUGA